AAGAUGGUGGAGGUUCCGUCGGCUUGUGUUGUUUGUGCGAAAGAAAUUAGUUGCUGAAAAAUCAUGAAUGGUGAUCACGCAGGCUACGUUAGCUUGAUGACAAGCAUGGACGUUGAUCACACAGGUUACGUUGCCUUGACGCCCCCUGUCAUGGAAACUGGGGCAAAAUUUGCCUCGUUGGAAGAACUUAGCGCUGCACUCAGGCUGUACGAAGAGACUCACUUCACGCAGUUUUGGAGGAGCUCCUCACGAACCAUCGUCGGUGCAAGGAAAAAAGGCUUGAAAAGGCCCAUCAAAGAAGAACUGGUCUACUCGGAAAUAAUCUUCAGCUGUGCAAAUGGGGGCCGAAAGUACACAUCCAAAUCCACAGGGGCACGUCCUAACCAGAGGACAUUCAAGAUUGGCUGCACAGCCAGAAUAAAGGUGGUGGCUUCUGCAGAUGGCAACUUUCUGGAGGUCAAGCUUCUCGAUGAUGUCCAUAACCAUCCUGUCAGUGAGGCCUGUUUCCGGCAGCUACCAAAGCAGCGACGAUUGGCAGCUGAUGACCUGCUUGAAACCAAGAAGCUUCAGACAUUCGAGUCAGAUGAUGAAGCCAUUCAAAAAUUUCUCCUCAGGACAGGCAAGGUGGUGCUGCUGCGGGAUCUGCGAAACUUGGGCUUCACUGGCAGCUUUCACUUAAAAAACCAGCUAGGCCAAGGAAAGGACUGUCAGCAGCAGAGUGAUGCCUUGGAUGCCUUAGUGCUUGAAGUUCAAGGCGCUGGUGGGGCUUUUGAUGUUCUUGCCACAGAAGAAAAUACAUUGGUGGGCUUCUUCUACCAAGACCGUUUUAUGCGCGAAGCCUACCAAAACUACCCAGAGGUUGUCUUUGUGGACGUUGUAUACAAGACACAGGGCAAAGGGCCUCUGUUAAUUCUGGCUGUGGAGGACUCCAAUGGGGAGACAGAGGUUGUGGGUUUCGCCUUGUGUGUUGCCUCGGACAACAUCACUAUACGGUUGGUGCUAGAGCGUUUUGUGCUCCACGUGGGUGCUGAUGCAGUCGACCGGACACUGACAGUCAUGACUGACCGAGAAAUGGUUGAGCGGGGAUUGCUUCGCGACAUGUUCCCCAAUGCUACCGAGGUCAUCUGCUUGUACCAGGUACUGCGUGCCUUUAGACGCCAGAUGACUGCUGAGAAGAUGGGCAUAAGCCGCGAGGAGAAAGCCCGUGUGCUAGAGAUCCUGCAGUGCAUGUGCCAUGCUCAAGAUGACAAUGCCUAUAAUGAGCUUUACCAAAAACUGGAGCACACUUGCUCAGCUACUGUGCUGGAACACUUUUCGUGCCACUGGCACGAGAUUCGGUCCCAGUGGGUUCAGGGUCUUCAGGAGGUUCCUACAUUAGGAAAUCGUACAAACAAGCGUCUCGAAUCUGUCAACCAGAAGGUGGCACACAUUGUGAGCAAGCACGAACUUCUGGACCAGCUAUUCCAUGCACUCAAAUGCUUUGCAACGUGCCUGAGGAUUGAACGUGACCAGCGAGCCAUGCAAACUAUCCUGAAGAUCGCUGCACCGCCCAACAUGUCUGAGGAUGAGCACAAGUACAUGGCCUUCCUUACACCAUAUGCAUUCAAGCGAGUGUCACAGCAGAUGCAAGCUGCUCGUGCCAUGGUGGAGCCUGACGAGAAUUAUGUGAGCACAUGUAGUUCGUGCAACUGUUGGGAUGCCACAUCCUACAUGCUGCCCUGCCAGCAUGUCUUUUUCGAGAGGCUUCGCUCCGGUUUACCUCUGUACUUUGAAGAAGGUGCCGCACAGCGCUGGACACGCGAGUACUACAAAAAUGCCUGCCGCCUUUUUACAUCGGAGCCCAAGACGACACAGCAGUGGAGUGCAGAUGGUAGUGGUGAGGAAGAGCCCGAAGACAGUCCUGCGUCUAAGGGUUCUCCUUUUGAGAAGCGCAAAGUCGCAGAAACUGGACUGCUCCUACAGCAGCUGGCAGCAUGUAUGGUGCAGCUGCCUGCGGGCCCCUAUGAACGAGCCGUGGCACUAGUGAGAGACCUCAAAAGUGCUAUGGAGGAAGGCAAGGAAGUGUGCCUUGUGCGGAUAGAGUCAAACAUGGAGGUGCAGUGACAGCAUGUGUGGGGUGUGCUUUGACUGCCAAUAGGCAUGACCGAGUCCAAGUAGGUUACUUGGCAUUUGUGUGCGAUACACUUUGCAUACAAUAGAAUUUCAAUAUUUUGGCACCUUGGCUGUGCAGUUACCAGUUCAGUCUGGCUUCAACAAAUGAAUUUCGUCGUGUGCACUUCCACAAUUCAUAUGGGUAAUUGAGCUUUUAGUGUGCAGCAAAAGGCAUACACAUCUGAUGUUUGUUUCUGUCUUAUAGCAUUAUUAACUAAGUUAUAUUUUUCUUGUUACAUUAUGGUAAAAGCUGUAUUUUGUUGAAUGGUGAAUGAGACACCACAGUAUAUUUGAAUUUAGCCAAUCUUAUCAAACAGAGAAAGUUGUUGCAGGUACUUUCCCCAAGACAGGAUCUGUUAGACCAAAGACCAAUUUUCUAUGCUAAGGAAUCUACUACAAAUAAGACCAGCUGCUGGUGUUUGCAUAAGAGUGCGAGCGCCAUUGUCAACAUUGAAAAACUCCACUGAAAAGCUUUCAAAAAGCAUCGGAUAAAGUCUGUAAAAUAGGUUGUCUAAGCUAAGCUUUUUGGCGUUGAUGUGGAAUAAACAGUGAGUGGGCAAUGUGUUGAAUUUUGUAUAAUAUGGUGUGUUGAAAGUGAUGCAUUAAAUUGGUGAAUGCCUUAGUUCAGUGUACAGCCUUGUAGCUUUACAAGUUGAUUUUAGUUAUGUAGUAGCUAAAGCAAUGAGGUCUUCCCAAUGGUUGUCAAUAUAUUCUAUGAAAACCUGA